GGCGCCCGUUGACGGUAGUGACAGUGUUGUGAAAGCCAGAACAGAGUGCGUGAUUCUAUGGAAAGAAAUUAAAACACGAUUUGAAGAUGGAGUUUCCCUGACGUGGCUUGUUAAUGAUUGUAACUGCGGUUCGUCAGAUAACCGAAAAUAACGGAUCCAUGUUUUAGUACAGAAUGUCAGUAGUUACGGUGCAGCUUGGCCAGUGUGGCAACCAGGUUGGCUAUGAACUGUUUGAUGUCCUCUGCAAUGACCUUCACAGUAAAACAGGGCAUAGUACUAAGAGAGAAAAUGAUAAUUAUCAGACUGUUUGCAAAGAACGAUUUUUCCUUGAGGAAGAAUGUGGAGAUUUAGUAGCACGGGCAGUUCUUGUUGAUAUGGAGCCAAAAGUCGUCUCUCAAACCUUAUCAAUGGCAGGCCGUUCUGGGAAAUGGAAAUAUGAUCUCAGUUCUCAGUUUUCACAGAAACAGGGAUGUGGAAACAACUGGGCAAAUGGGUACUGCAUGCAGGGCCCAAAGCACAAGGACAUUGUUAUGGAUCUAGUUAGAAAACAGGUGGAAAAGUGUGACCGAUUGGGUGGUUUCUUCACUAUAACGAGUAUGGCUGGAGGAACAGGUUCUGGCAUGGGGACAUUCCUCACAAGAUGUUUGCGUGAUGCAUAUCCUGACUCACUUCUACUCAAUCAAGUGAUUUGGCCUUAUGGAACUGGAGAGGUAAUUGUUCAGAACUACAAUUCUAUUCUGACGCUGUCACGUCUCUACCAGUCCUCAGAUGCCCUGCUAGUCCAUGAAAAUGAUAUCAUCCAUAAAGUUUGUUCUCAGCUGAUGAAUAUAAAGCAGAUUUCUUUCAGGGAUGUAAAUAAAGUUAUUGCACAUCAGCUGGGCAGUAUAUUUCAGCCAGUGUAUACAUCAGAAACAGCCCAGCACUACUGCAGAAAUCCACUUGUGGAAUUAAUGGAGUGUUUGGUUCCACACCCAGAAUACAAGAUGCUGGGUCUCCGAAACAUUCCUCAGAUGUCUGAACACUCCUUGGCAUACAGUACUUUUAAUUGGCAUGGGUUACUCAAACAUUUGAGGCAAAUGCUUAUUGCUAAUGCUAAAAUGGAAGAAGGUAUUAAUUGGCAUGUGCGGCUCCCAUCUCAGCCAGCAGCAGAACAGAUUUCCCUGAGAAAAGAACUUCAAUUUAACACUUCUGUUGCUAACUUGGCUAUCCUUCGGGGGAAAGAUGUGCAAACCGCCUCUUUAGAAGGCUUUAGAGAUUCAUCAUUAUAUACAUCAUGGUUGUCGGCAGAUGAUGCAUUCACCCUUUGGAAAACACCAAGAGCUUUUAACAAAUAUGAGAAGUCUGCUACUUUGGUUAGCAACAGCCAAUUUCUGCUGAAACCCCUGGAUAAUAUCGUUGGCAAAGCAUGGAACAUGUUUGCAUCAAAGGCAUAUGUCCAUCAAUACACAAAAUUUGGGAUUGAUGAAGAAGAAUUCCUGGAAGCUUUCACAACUCUUGAGCAAAUUAUUGCAAGUUACACCACUUUAUAAUUGUGGUCUUCAUUCCAGCCUGUUACAUUUUUGUGACCUUAAAGACUAAUGCUUUAUAAUUCUUUGUUGUGCACCAUUCAAUGUAGCUGUAUUUAAAUUGUCCUAAAAUGUAAAUAGGUACAUUGGCAAAAAAAGGUUCUAUUUUUUACAAAUGAUGUAUUUUUAAUAAAAAUUAUUUGCGACGUGUCAGUUUUUCUAGUUCUUUAGUCCACCUCUUGUCACAUUACCAGGCAGCAAUGUGUAGAUUAACUCUGUUAUUGUUGUCUGGCAUAGGGUAUAUGACAUUCUACAGUGAAAAAUGUGCACAAGUGCAGUAACCCAUAGCAGCCAGUCACAUUUUUGCUUUCAUUGUUUAGAUGUCUGAACAAAUUACUGAUUUGUUGCUAUGAGUUGCUGCCCAGGAUUACUAAACAAGUCUAAUGUAAACCAUUCCUGUUUUUAAGGGCACAGCAUUUGUUGCUUUUUGCCCUCCACCCAAAAACUAUUUUUGUAUGGUGAAAGAAAUGUAAUUCUGAGCAAUUUUCCAAUAAAUAUUAGCUUACAUAUU